AUGUCCAAGAAGAGAAAGAGAGAUCAGGUCCAGGAUCAGGAUCAGGAUGGCUCGAUCACUGCUCAUGGACAGUCGGACCAAAAAUCCCAGACAACAGCACCGAACCCUCCUGUGAAGUCCAAAGGACAGUUGAAACAAGAGAAAUCGGAGAGGAGAGCAAAAAAGCAGAAGAAAUCGAAGGAUCAAAAGAGAGAGCAAGAACCGUCUCCGGCUCUGGGCACUGCCAAUUCUGAUCCCGUCCCAACAUCGACAGAAAUAAGCCUCGGCGACGCAGAGCAGCAAGAGAACCUAGCAAAGCCACGCAAAGAGAGAAAAGAUUCGACGACUCAGAAGGACGAGGGCGAAAAGAACACGACAACUCCUACCCGAUUCAUUGUUUUCGUCGGCAAUCUACCUUUCGAGACCACCUCGGAGCAGAUAAAGGAGCACUUCUCGAAACUCGCGCCGACGGCUGUGCGCCACUCGACGGACAAGAAAACGGGGAAGAGCAAGGGCUUUGCGUUUGUCGAAUUCGACAGCUACGACAAAAUGAAGACAUGUUUGAAGCUGUAUCAUCACUCUAUGUUUGAUCCUGCUAGCAGCAAAGACAGGGGUGCAGGUGGCGCAGACGGAGAGAGAAACGGGCAAGAACAGCCAUCGCAGAGGCGAGAAAAGAAAAGCAAAGGGCGAAGAAUCAAUGUCGAACUGACCGCCGGCGGUGGUGGCAAGGGCAAAGACCGGAAGGCCAAGAUCAAGACGAAAAAUGAGAAGCUCAAAGAGGAGAGGGAGAGAAGACGGCUCAAGGAGAAAGCUGAGCGUGAAAAGGCCGGCUCAAAACAAAAGGGGCCGCCCGAGACUGGUGCAAAUGCCACCGCUGUGGCCGGUGGUAAGGUCCAGGAUGACCGUGGAGACAUCCAUCCCAGUCGACUGUCUCGUGUGAAGCAUUGA